UUUAAGAAAUAACUACAUAGUGGGCUUUCUAUUGAAAGUCUUCGUUUCAGAAUUUAUAGUGCGAUUAAGAUAUACAAUAUAAUAAACCCUUAACGACCCAUAAUAUAAUAUAUAAAAAGAAGUACCAUGGAAGAUGUAGGAUCACAACACAAUUAUUCAACUCCGACCUCCUCAACGAUUCAGUCGGAUGCUCCACCGAACACAAUAUCGAAAAAGGAAAAUAAGCUUAUAUCAAAUAAGCGGUCUGAAUACGAUGAUUCGGCGAAAUGUUCCAACAUAAUCACAACUACGACUACCUCCUCAUCGACUUCUAUUUCCAUUGGCGCCUUCAAUUCGGAUGCCCAAUUUCAGAGAGCAUCAGGCCAUGAGCCUCCACACAUUGGCUAUGAGCUGAGCGUAGCUAAGUCGGUAUUACAGCAAUACAGUACAUUAACUGGAGAUAACUUAUUUGAUCAUUUAAGUGACAUAAUAAAACGAGUUGUUGAUGAACGACCUCCAAAUGUGAUUGAUUUCUUUGAAGAGUUUAGUCGAAAUGUACGCGAGCAAAAAUUCCAUGUCCCAGAACGUUUUCCCCCAAAUGCCGUAUUCGCCGACAGUCGAAUGUUUCGUCCAGCUAAGAAAAUAUUGCACUCAAUAAAGUUGCCACACAAUGUCGAAGGUGCUGACUUUACCAUUCAUGAGGAGGCUUCCGAAGAAGCAUUCACAUACGCUGAAGGGGAUCUUCGAAUUGACAUUGAUUAUAACAUGCGUUUGUUCGUAACAUUUAAUGAGCGCGUCGAACAGCUUCAGUUCUUUUGGAAUCAAUGCGGCUUUACCAUUAGCAAAGAUGACAUCUUUCAGUUGGCCAGUUCUAUAAACCGACUUCAGACACAUCCGUCAAUAAUGCAAUGUCGAUUUUGGGGCUGUAUUAAUGGAUUGAAAGCGUCUUACUACAUUGUGGAAGCUUUGCUUACUCGAGAGGAACUUACUUCACGCAUGACAAUGAUGGAGGAAGAAUUGCGGGAAAAGCAGCUGCCGUUUAAAAUGAGAAAGAAUCAAGACCCAACACCUUUACCAACACAUAUAGGUCCAGAGCUAACUCCGGGCGUUUAUGGAUGGGAGAAUUAUGCUCCUGAAGAAUUGGAAAAGAUGACAACUAAAGCGAGGCCAGUUCCCUUGGCAGAGGAGACGGAAUUUUACGAUAUACCACCAGAGUUUGUGGGACUGGGAUGCAAUCGAUUCUCGUACUUUGUCGUAAACUGCCUCUUUGAUGAUUGGAUUGAACUACCUAUAGUAACGCCUCGUCAAAUAGUUGUUUCUCGUCAAAUCAAGAAGUUUUUCACUGGUGACUUGGAGUCUGAUAUUGUAUCAUAUCCAUGCUUUCCAGGGAAGGAAAAGCAUUAUUUACGUGCCAUAAUUGCUCGCAUUACGGCUAGCACGCAUAUCGCGCCGCAAGGCUAUUACAGGCGAAUGACUAAGAAGGAAAAAGAUCUAUUUGAGGGUCUCAACAUUGACGACGAAGAGGAGGAGGAAGAAGAAGACUUCAACGAAGGCGAAGAAGAUGCAAUUCAAGAUAAUGAUGUUAUGCUCUUGAAAAAUGAACGAUUUGAAUUAGAGCCUUUGACAACGCUGGCGACGCCCGUUGCUUGGGUCCAUUGUCGACCAAAUAUUUUGAAGCAAGGUCGCGUUGUUUGGUACGAUGAAGAGAAAGCGCGUAGGGAGCGCGAAAAAACUCUGGCAAUGUAUUUGAAGAUGCGUCUUCUGGAAGAAAUGGAUGAGGAAGCUGAAGAAGAGGAGGCUGACGGAGAGGAAGAGGGCGAAGAGGAGGAAUUAUUAGAGGGACUUAAUCAACCAGAAAUAGGCCCCGAUAUUUUAACAUCAUGCGCCAGCGAUAUGAACCCGGAUUGUCUGAUCCCAUGGCUGGUGCGCUUCACCAGCAAAUACACAAACCAAAAGGAACGCGUGUUAGUUAUGCAAUCAAAUUUGUGGCCUGGCGCGUUCACAUUUAUAUUCGAAAACACAUGCGAAUCUAUAUAUUUGGGAUGGGGACACAAGUUUUGCAAGCGCAAUAUUCCGUUCCAGCAUGUGCCAAUGGUUCACGAAGAAUUUCCGCAUACUGGCGAUGACUUUAUUGAGACUACUGAUCCAACGGUGGAAGAGGAAAUGGCGUACAAUGAGUGGCUCUUAAGCAAACAAAAAAUGCGCACGACAGGAGACAGCUUGCAUGAGUAUGAUGGCGAAGAUAUUGAGGACUACGAUGACAACGAUGAAGAAGAUGAUUAAGAUAAUAUAAUAUCACAUUACUUGUAGCACUUAGUAUGCCAAUGUUCUUAAAAAUUAAUGCAAAUGGGUCGCCAAUAAAUGGUUAUUGGCUAA